AUGGUUCCACUUCUCCCGGUCCGGCAGGCAAUUGAUGCACAGUACCCAUCGGCCUACCGGCAAGACUGCGCAUCUCAAGAUGGGUGGACAGGGCGCAGUCAUGGGAAAGGCUUCACAUCCCACCUCUUCGACUUGAAUGCUUUUGGAGGGCAGCGAGCCCGCAUCGAGGUUCUUUUCGCCUCCGAUGCGAGCUUCCGAAAGCGCGGCUUUUGGCUGAAGGAUCUGAACGUCCGCGCUGGCAACAAGGAGGUGUUCCAAGACGUGGAGGACCUUCACGGCACCAUUCUGGUAUACACCCCUCCUGCGGGGCAGACCGGUGCUGCAGGCGUUCCUGUGGUGGUGCAGUACCCGGACGGUUUCGAGGCAGAUCGUGGCAUGCAGAAAUCCUCGCAGACACGCUCUGCGCCGGUUUGGGCCACGUGGAGACAAGGUCCGCAGUGGCCCGAGUCCAAUCUCAGAAGACAGUAUCUGGGCUGGUCCUAUCAGUCCGACGUGAUAGACACCCGUACCGCGAGAUUACAUCCUGGGCAGGAGGCCUGUCUCCUCUUGAGCGCUCCUUUCCGCGGCCUCCUGACUGUGGCCUCUCUCUUCACGCUGCGCGACAAGAUCGGCAUCAGGUCAGUGGGGCUUACGAUCCGAGACGCUGCAAAGCCCUACGAGGCCAUGACUGUGCUUACGUCUUCUUCGCCCGGUGUCACUGACCCCGGCAUCCACCGCUUCCGCCUCGCAGAGAAGUCUCCCAUCUUUGAGCCCGAUGAGAAGUUCUUCCUUUGCAUCUCUGCCGGCGAUGUGCGGUCGAUGUCUACGGACGGUGCCGUCGGGCAUGGGGUUUUGGGCUUCGAGGAAGCCAGUCUUAUGAAGCUUGAGCUGUAUAGUUAG